UACAGUUGGUAACAACAACAACAACAUCAAGAGGCCAAUGAAGACAUUGAUUUUUUGAAUUUUUUUAUUUUUUGACGGAUUGAUUUUUUGAAAUUUUAAGUGGAGAGAAACCACAAAAAGAUGCUCAAUGAUCUCUUUGUACAUCCACUGAUAUCUGCAUAAAGCGUGCUUAGGUUGUCACCUCUUUCACUUGACAAAAGUGUCUGCUGUGCAUAAUAUAAUAAUAUUAUUAUUUUUGUUUAUUUUCUGAUCUGCCUAAGAUAACAAUUACAUUUUUGAAAUUACAGUGUCUGAACAUGAAGGUUUCUGUUGCAAUCAGCACUGCCAAAUAUAAACCAACAUGGAGUGUAACAUCAGUAAGAGAAAAGGGUUCAAUGUUUAAGUUUGUUGCUGGAGAAGCAAAGGCUGUAACCACAUGUCAAAGCCAUCUGCUGCUAUAGUUGGAGGUGCUGCUGGGGCACUUGCCUUGGUGGCAAUAGUCAUCGGAGUCGUGUGGUUCUACAAGAUACAUUGCAAGAAUCUUUCAAACAAGAAUUCAGAGACAGGUUCCUCAGAUCCAUCUGCAAUAGUGGAAUGGAGUAGGGGUGGACCCAGUUCCGGGGUACGGCAGGGAGCAAGGCUCUUCACAUUGGAGGAGCUAGACCAAGCUACCAAGCAUUUUGAUGAAAGCAGCCUCCUGGGAUAUGGAAGCUUUGGCCUGGUUUAUAAAGGCUUGCUCCGUGAUGGGACGGUUGUGGCUAUCAAAAGGCGUCCUGGUGCUCCUAGACAAGAAUUUGUCUCAGAGGUAACGUAUUUGUCGGAGAUUCAUCAUCGAAAUUUAGUUACAAUACUGGGUUACUGCCAGGAAAGUGGAUUUCAAGUAUUGGUAUUUGAAUAUAUACCAAACGGCAGCGUGUGCAAUCACCUAUAUGAUACUAGACUAGAGUCAUCAACUAAACUUGAGUUUAAGCAAAGGCUAUCCAUAGCUGUAGGGGCUGCAAAAGGGUUGUGCCACUUGCAUGGCCUAAAACCUCCCAUGGUACACAAAAACUUCAAAACAGCCAAUGUCUUGGUUGAUGAGGACUUCAUUGCCCACGUUGCAGAUGCAGGGAUUGCAAAACUACUUGAAAAGAUUGAAGAAGCAGGUCCUUCUCGCACGUCUAGUGUCAAUAUUUUCCAAGAUCCAGAGGUUGGAGCAUCUGGGGUUGCCUCUGAAAUGAGUGAUGUGCACAGCUUCGGGGUUUUUCUUUUGGAGCUUCUAACUGGACAGGAGGCUUUGGACAUUGGCUCCUUGGGAUCAAAUGAAAGCUUGUUUCAAUGGGUGGAAUCACGGCUGAGUUCAAAUACUCUGGUGGACAGGCGGCUAGCAGGAAGCUUCACUGGAGAGGGAAUGAGGGACUUGAUCAGGCUGACACUGCAAUGCAUGAGUUUUCCAGGAAGAAGAAGGCCCAAGAUGGAGAUGGUUGUGGUUGAGCUUGAGAGAAUUAAAGAGAAAGAAAUGGCAAUGACAACAGUGAUGGGGGAGGGUACUGAUACAUUUGCUCUCGGGAGUGUACUAUUCACUUGAACAUGAGCUUGGGCAAAGCUCAAGCUCUAACCACACCAACAAAAACAUCAUCUUAUAGCUUGGCUAGAACUAUUUGUAAUGCAAGACCUAAACUGCUGUAAAUUUGAGUUCCAUUUUAUAUUCAAA